UCCAGUAUUCGCGCGCACUUCUGUCCAUGAAGACGACGUCGCGACGCAGCACCGCCGGUUAUCAGAGGAUAUUUCGAACAUCGAUGCCAAUUAAUCCAAAAAAAAUUAAAUAAAAAAAUGAAUCGUAGCAUGUAUGUUUGAGGAUAUAUUUUUGUUGGAUUAAAAGACUAAAGGUGAAGAAGAACUCAGAGUGAUUUUUUGGAUAUGUGUGCUAAAAGUGUCCGAGAAAGUUUGUUUUAAAACUUUUUUUGAUUUAAAUUAACGUUGAUUUUUGGUGUGGUUUAGGAAGGUGCUUUUUGGUGUUGAUGAGAAACUAAACAAAAAUGUUGCUACUCCCCAUCAUCAGCCUGUACUGUCAGAUUUUACUACAGUUAAUUGGCGGAGCUUUGACUCUGAAAGACGUCACCGUAACAAUACCCCAAGCAGCGAACAUCGGCGAUACCAUUACGCUUCAGUGCCAUUACGACCUCGAAGAGGAACCUCUGUAUACGGUCAAAUGGUAUAAGGGAGAUCGCGAAUUCUUUCGAUACAUUCCGAAAGAAUUACCUAGUACCCAGGUGUUUCCUUAUUUAGGAAUGGAUAUUGAUAUUGGCAAAUCAACGCCUAAUUCUGUUGUAUUAAGAAAUGUCCAACAGAAUAUGACUGGAAGAUACGGAUGUGAAGUUUCAACUGAUGCUCCUAAUUUUUAUACCAUCCAAGAUAAAGCGUAUAUGUUUAUUGUUCAAACGCCAAUGGGAGAACCCGAAGUUUUCAUAGAAAAAGAACUCUACGAGAUUAAUUAUGUGUUGAGAGGAAACUGUAGUUCGCCAAUUUCAUAUCCAGCAAUGAACCUAACAUGGUAUUUAAAUGGAAAAAAGGAACCCGAGAGUUUCAAGACCACAGUUCCGACGACGGAUUCAGUGGGUGAGAAGCGAAGACCUGCCUCGACAAUCAUCGGUUUGGAAACGGAAGUGGAUAGUAGCACAUUCAAGUCUGGAAAAAUGGUGUUGAGGUGCCGAGCCGAGUUUUUCAAUUUAUACCAAAGUUACGCUGAAGUUUCUUUAGAAGAAGAAAAACCAAGACCGAGACCAUCAUCGGUUUUAGGAACAAGAGACGCAUCUUCGGGUUCCAGAUUGCCAAGAGCUCUGUUCAUGAUCAGCUACGUCAUUUUGGUCGCCAUCGUUAUGCGGUAACAAUAAAGGGAGAACCGCUUAAUGGAAAACUUGUGUAAAAGGUUCACAAUCAUCGUAGACAUGGGGAAGUCUGAAAAUAAUAGGGGAAAAGAAAGGUUUUUUCCGCGCUGUAUAUACGGUGUAAAUAUAUAUAAUAUAUAACAUUACUUUAAAAUAACAACAAUAGUAAUAACCCAGUAGUGUGAAUUCAAAUUCUUUGUAUUUCCGAAAUUUUUAUUUUAAGAUGUAUUUAAAUUUUAAUUAG